AUGUCUUUCUCAGCUACGUUCAUCUUCAUGGUCAUCUUUUGUGUGCAGUCUCUAGCUGCAUUGCUGCAAAAUGGCUUCAUGGCCACAGUGUUGAUCAGGGAAUGGGUACAAAGCCAGGCAUUUCCUGCAGGUGAGAUGAUCUUGGCCUGCCUCGCUUCCUCUAGGUUCUGUCUGCAUGGACUAUCCAUCCUAAACAACUUCCUGGACCCCUUUAAGGUUUGUACCCAGAAUAAGUAUUUUCAUAUCCUCUGGGACUUCAGCAACACUGUCAAUUUCUGGAUUACCACCUGGCUUGCCGUCUUCUACUGUGUAAAGAUCUCAUCAUUCUCCCACCCCAUCUUCUUCUGGAUGAAGUGGAGAAUUUCUCGGUCAGUGCCCAGGUUACUUCUGGGAUCCUUGAUCAUUGGUGGGCUGUCAGCCAUCUCCUCAGUCACUGGGAAGAUAAUCACCUCUCAGAUGAUGGCUGACAAAAACUGCACACUUGCUUAUAGAGCAAUGGCAUUCCAUCAGUAUUAUUUUCGCUGUCACUCAAUGCUGAUGUGGGUCAUUCCAUUCUUCCUGUUUCUUCUAUCCAUUAUCUUACUUAUGUUCUCACUGUACUGGCAUGUGAAACAGAUGAGGUACCACAAACCGAGGCCUCAUGAUCAUGAUCACAGGACCCAGGCUCACACCAUGGCUCUGAAGUCUCUUGCCUUCUUCCUCAUCUUCUAUACGUCAUAUGUUCUGUUCUUGGUGAUGGAAGCUACCCAAGCUGUAACUGUCCACAAUUCCUGGCGCUGGGCCUGGGAAAUAAUAACCUACACAGGCAUCUCUCUCCAUUCCACCAUCCUGAUACUAAGGAGCCCCAAGAUGAGACGGGCCCUCAAGAUGAAGUUUUCAGACCUUUGCUCUGUCAGCUCCUAA